AUGGCCGGCCACUUUCCCAAUCGCGAUGAAGGGGUUGCUGUCAAAGCCGAGGAGGUCGGCUUCGUCGACAAUAUCCGCGUUCAGCAGCACGAUACUAGUCACAGAGGAGACGUCAAGCUCGAGCUCAUAGACGACAAGCACGACAGUACGGACGAGAACAUAGCAGUCAUGGAGACCCACAACGACGACAGGACCACGGCUGAAACGAAGCACUCAGGUCCCGCCACGAACGAAUCUCGAGUUCCUGAAUCUGAGGCAGACGCCACCGCUGCCGAGAAAAUAGCCUCCCUCCAGCAGAUGCUAGACGAUCGGAAUGAGCUCAUUGGCAUCCUCGAGAAGAGGCUGAAGUCCCGGGACAAGAAGAUUGUCAUGCUUGAGAGGCUAAAUGCUUUGCAUGAAGAGUGGAUGGAGAAGAUCAAGCUCGCCUCCACGAAGAUGGUCAGAGAAACGCAAAGGUUAGCCAAUGAACAGUACAAAGAGCUGGUAAAGGAGGUCUUUGAUAUGGUCGACGAGAUGGAGGACAUGCUCCUGCAGAGCCUAGAUGCCGAGAGUCAAUUCAUAGUGCUCGUAUUCGCCGGGCUAUUGAUGAAGACCAAUCCAAUAUGA